CCUUCCACCUUCUCUCACUACCACCGGCAUGCAUGUUUUCCUUCUCUCUUCUGCGAGAUCCAAUGAUACAUGUCCCUCGCUCCUAUGCCCUUCAUUCCAAUCUCUCUCCCACUUUUAUCUCAGAAAAACAGAGGCUCAUACCUUUCCCUUUCACCAGGACAACAACAAGCAUCCACCAGGACUUUUCGUGUCUGUGACCUGCAAUGUCUCACAAUGGAAUGCCGCCAUUCUUCUCUGCAAGCUUGUUGUCACGGAUUCCUUACGAGGAGAGCCACCACGCACCCCACAACUCCACGAAUCCACUAAUGCUACCCACCUAUCCACAGGACUUGAGAGGGAGAAGAUCCACGUCCUUCUCGGGGAUGGAGACCUGCGAGGAGCUGAACCUGGAGGAUGAUAUUUCCGACGACGGACUGCAGCCACCGGGGGAGAAGAAGAAGAGGCUCAACUUGGAGCAGGUCAGGACGUUGGAGAAGAGCUUCGUGAUGGGGAAAAAGCUGGAGCCAGAGAGGAAGAUGGAACUAGCCAGAUCUCUCGGGCUGCAACCGAGGCAGAUAGCUAUAUGGUUCCAGAACAGGAGAGCGAGGUGGAAGAUCAAGCAGUUGGAGAAGGACUACGAUGAACUCAAGAGACAGUUUGAGAUGAUGAAGGCACAGAAUGAUGCCCUGCACGCCCACAACAAGGAGCUUCUUUCUCAGAUUUUGAGUCUCAAAGGCAAAGAUGUCUCCGAGUCCAUCAAUCUCAACAAGGAAACAGAGGGCUCCUGCAGCAUGAGGAGCGAGAACAGCCCUGACAUCAGUCUGGAGAUCUCAAGGGAACCAAUGAACCAUAACCCGUCGGAUCUCCACCAGCAGAGCAGAACCUUCUUCCCGAGUGCUUCCCAGCUUCUUCAUAGCUCCUCCAAGUCAGAAACACCCAAGGUGGAGAGCAGCGUCCAGAGAGACAACCUCUGUAACAUGUUCUACAGCACAGAUGAUCAAUCUGCCUUCUGGGCGUGGUCAGAGCAACACAAUUUCCAUCAGUAGGCCAUCCUUACAUGCUUUCUUCACGAUGACAGGGAUCAUCAUCGAAAAGAAAGCUGCCAGUUAGAAUUGGAAAUGUGAUACAUCUUCCGUGAGUGUAUCUGUGUGUCACCUCUCACCGGACUAAAGUUGCAGCACACUAGGUUUUAGCGAGUGUCAUUCAUGGUCGUUUGCCGAACCAUCAUCAUUAUUGUAAAUGAAGCUUCAUUCUUGAUCGAAGAAAAUAAAUGUGCUCGCUUUCGAAUACAAAUUCGGUUGCCUGAUGGUUUGUUUACAAGCCAAGAACAGAAAAGAAAAAGAAGAGAGAAAAGAACAACAACAACAACAACAACUUGGUUGUGAGUUUGGUGACAAAACAAGGUUGAAGAGCAAGUAAAUGUGAAGUCGAGGAAUUAGGAGAAAGGUAACUGUGAGAUAUUACUCCGCCAUGGACUAUUCUGACUUUGGUCGGGAACAUUAAAUGAUUGACUCCUUGCUUUGUUGAAUGCAAAUUCUUCCAUGUUUUGAGGCAGGAAAACAGUGUAGAUGCACGUACAAUCGAAUCAUGUAAUUUUUUGGUUCUUGGAGAUGCGAAGGGCGGU